AGGCGGUGGGAGAUUCAAAGUGAGGCUUGUUUAGGGAGCGCGGAGAUGCGGCUAGCAGCAUGUAUCACUGACGGGGUCAGCGGGCGGUAAAUACUCCGAUGUCAGCGAGAAUACUGACGACACAGUGAGUGGUUUGGAAGCGAGCUCCUGGAAGCUGUGCUGACCUCUCAGGCCGUCCCGAGGAGUCCCUUGGUUUCUGGCUGAAGGGAGUGGAGUUCGCCGCUCUCGGCCAGCGGAUCCGAGAGAGGACGGUUAACGGCUGUAGACGGAUGCGGCAGGCUGACCCCCGAGGGGCCUACAAACGCACAUGACCACCGUAAGCAAGACACCGCCGGGUGCAGACCCCAAGCAGCUGGAGCGCACCGGCACGGUGAGAGAGAUCGGCUCCCAGGCCGUGUGGUCCUUAUCAUCUUGUAAGCCCGGCUUUGGCGUUGACCAGCUUCGCGAUGACAACCUGGAGACUUACUGGCAGUCGGAUGGCUCUCAGCCACACCUUGUCAACAUUCAGUUCAGGAGAAAAACGACCGUAAAGAUGCUCUGCAUAUAUGCAGACUACAAGUCAGACGAGAGCUACACACCAAGCAAGAUCUCUGUUCGUGUAGGAAAUAAUUUUCAUAAUCUCCAGGAAAUCAGGCAGCUAGAGAUGGUGGAGCCCAGUGGAUGGAUCCACAUCCCCCUGCUAGACUUGGCCAACAAUCCGGUGCGCACCUUCAUGAUCCAGAUUGCCGUGUUGGCCAACCACCAGAAUGGGCGCGAUACACACAUGCGGCAGAUCAAGGUGUACACACCUGUGGAGGAGAGCUCUGUCGGCAAGUUCCCGCGUUGCACCACGGUAGACUUCAUGAUGUACCGCGCCAUCAGAUGAUGCCUUCGGUUUUGGACGACAUGGUGCCUCCUGCCUCUUUGUCUACUGUUCACUCCUGUAAUAAAAUCAGAGUUGUACUUUUGCAUGACGAUGUGAUCAUGUGCCAACAACUGUUGUUCUUUUAAUUUAUGAAAUAUUCUGUGGACCUGAAUUAAAACUAC